AUGACCGAGACGCAGAAGCUUCCCAUCUUCUCGCCCCCUGGCUUCCUCGACUAUUCUCACCGCCGACUUCCCCCGCUAGAGAUCCCGCCAGAUGCUGUACCACCCCGGUCCGAUCACCAGUUUCGAUCACCCAUCAAUCAACUGCCCUCGAUCCACGCUGGACUGCCUCCGCGACACGACUACCCCCAACCGCCUUCAGUACAUAGAUCAGCAGCUCCCGUUGAGAAACUACUACAGCAUUCAAAUCCCUACACCCCACCUAGAUCAGACCCUCCAUAUUCUCCUCAGCAAUAUGGUCCCUCCAUCUCACCACGCUCCGAGUUUGACAGCAGAGGACCGCGGAGACUGACAGAACACCGCUAUCCUUACGAGGAACCCCGGCACUACCAGCAUAGCCAGCACCAUGAGCAGCCAUACUCGUCCCUCACUUCCCCAGUAGAGAGCUCGCAGCAAAGGCCAUAUCCUCCACUGCCGUCGCCUGGGUACACACCGAGCUAUGCAUCAAGCAGUACUCCGUUCCGCGGAUCCGUAGGUUCCCACCAGCACUCACAAUCACAUCGAGGCUCCAUAGCAGCCCCACACGGAUCUAUUGCGUAUUCAGAGCCGUCCGCGACGGCCCCUCCACCUCAGAAACAGCAUCGAGCAAUUCCGUUACCUGGUUCGAUACCACAGCCAGUGUAUAAUGAGCAACUAAACUUGAACUAUGAGCUCCGUGUGCGGCAGCAACCCAUCGCUGCGCGAGCAUGUGGGUUCGGAGAACGCGACCGGAGGGUGAUUGACCCUCCGCCAAUCAUCCAACUACUGGUAACAGAUCCCAAGACCGGUGCCGCCGAGCAAGAAGAGCUACGUUACUCGCUCAACGUGGUCCAUUGCACACUCUGGAAUGCAGAAGGAACGAAUGAAGAGACGGCACUCAUACAGCCCGACCGACGAACAACGCGGCGCUUAAUGGGCCAGCUCGUGGCCUCGCCAUCUGUAGCAAAGGACGAGCAUGAUGCUGAAGGCUGCUUUUUCUGCUUCCCAGAUCUUUCGUGUCGUACACAUGGCAAAUACCGACUCCGAUUUGUCCUAAUGCGCAUCGAUCCUAUGAAUCUCCAUGUGGGAGGGUUUUCGCCAAUACUCACCGAGGUCCUGAGCGACGUCUUCACGGUCUAUACGGCCAAGGACUUCCCAGGCAUGCGGCCAAGCAGUGCUCUUACGCGAGCAUUGAAGUUACAAGGAUGCAACAUCCAAGUGAAGAAGGGCAAUGAGAAGGCGCUAGCGCGCAAACGACUUACAGCGAGUCAAGAGCACGAUAACACGGAGGAGGACGAGUUGAAGCGACGGCCCUCGUCUACAGGUCUCCUGCUCAAGACGAUCGGCCUCAAGGUCUCGUCGAUCAAGGUCGACCCAUACCUCAAUGUAGAUGCAGGAACUAUGAAUCCGAAGGAGCAUGGCGAAGUGUUCGUCCUCUCCGACGGCGGUGAAGUUGACCUCGAUCUGGGCAACUAUGAGCGCUAUCUCAACAUCACCCUUACACGCGACAAUAACAUCACCACGGGCAAGAUCUACCAGCACGUUAUCGAGCGCGAGCGCAAGGGCGACUACCUGGGUAAAACCGUCCAGGUCGUCCCACACAUCACCGACGCGAUUCAAGACUGGAUCGAGAAGGUUGCGCGGAUACCCGUUGAUGACUCAGGCGAGGAGCCUGACGUCUGCAUAAUCGAGUUGGGAGGCACCGUGGGCGAUAUUGAGAGCAUGCCCUUUAUUGAGGCUAUGAGCCAGCUCAGGCGACGUGCGGGCAAGAAUAACUUCAUGCAGAUUCACGUCUCGUACGUGCCUGUCAUCCACGGCGAGCAGAAGACAAAGCCUACGCAGCAAGCUAUCAAGGCGGUGAGGAGUAAUGGUCUGAUCCCAGAUCUGAUUGCCUGCCGUUGCGAACGAGAACUCGAAGCCUCCGCCGUCGAGAAGAUUGCCCACUUCUGUCAGGUCGAAAACGAACAAGUCCUGGUUGUGCGUGAUAUGCCAUCCAUCUACCAAGUACCUAUGCUUCUCGAGCAACAAAGAUUGAUUCCCAUGGUCCGCCAGUUCCUUGCUCUUGAGCAGCUGUCUAUCUCGCCUUCAAUGCUGCAGAAGGGCAAUCAUACCUGGGCGCAGUGGCAGUCGCUUACAGGUCACGACACUCGCUUUCACGACCCGGUGACGAUUGCACUCGUCGGAAAGUACGUUGAGCUCCAGGACUCAUAUCUGUCUGUCAUCAAAUCGUUGGAACACGCCACGAUGCGAUGCAGAAGGAAACUGGACAUUCGUUGGGUCGACUCGGAUCAUCUGGAGCCCAAGUGUCAGAAGACAGACCCCGCAAAGUAUCACAACGCCUGGCAUGAGGUCGUCAAGGCGUCUGGUAUCCUUGUACCUGGCGGUUUCGGUCAACGUGCCACAGAAGGUAUGAUUUCAGCAGCUACCUGGGCGCGUGAGCACAAGAAGCCGUAUCUUGGGGUCUGCUUAGGCAUGCAAAUCGCCGUCAUUGAGUACGCUCGCAACGUUUGUGGUAUCAAGGAUGCAACAUCCGAGGAGUUCAACGGCGAGGCCCAGAACAAGCUCAUCAUGUUCAUGCCGGAGGUCGACAAGACCACCAUGGGCGCAUCGAUGCGUCUGGGUCUCCGACCGACUCUCUUCCAGCCAGGUAGCGAAUGGUCUCGUCUCCGUGCUCUAUAUGCUGGCAAGGAGGAGAUCCUCGAACGCCAUCGUCAUCGCUAUGAAGUCAACCCAGACUACAUAGAGACGCUCGAGAAGGGUGGCUUGAGCUUUGUUGGCAAAGACGAUGCUGGCGUACGUAUGGAGGUUAUUGAGAUCAAAGACCACCCCUGGUUCGUUGGUGUCCAAUUCCAUCCGGAAUACCUCUCCCGCGUCUUGGACCCAAGCCGGCCGUACUUGGGCUUUGUCGCUGCUAGUGCCGGUAUGCUCGACGAGAUUACUCGCGACUACCAAAGUGGCGCUGCGGAUGGUCUUAGUGCAGAAGGUAUCGCCAACGGUGUGAAUGGCUUGAAGAUCAACGGCGAUGCGAGCUUCUAG